AUGGCAGCCAUACACGAGAGGGAUGGCAGCCAUACACAAGAGGGAUGGCAGCCGUACAAACACAACCCGUCACAUCCAAAGGGACUGUACACCAGGGACUCUACGUCAGGGACUCUACGCCAGGGACUCUACGUCAAGGACUCUACGCCAGGGACUCUACGUCAAGGACUCUACGACAGGGACUCUACGCCAGGGACUCUACGUCAAGGACUCUACGCCAGGGACUCUACGCCAGGGACUCUACGCCAGGGACUCUACGCCAGGGACUCUACGCCAGGGACUCUACGCCAGGGACUCUACGCCAGGGACUCUACGCCAGGGACUCUACGCCAGGGACUCUACGCCAGGGACUCUACCCCAGGGACUCUACGUCAAGGACGCUGCGUGGAAUAA